AUGCCCAAGGUCCUCACUCAACGACGAGACCGUCGCUCUGCCCAUCCUUACCUUCGUCCCCAGCUGCCUUCAACUCGCAGUUUUCGCAGGUCUGCGGUGGCUAAUGCCGUCAACCCUGGGUUUAUGACGAUUGCUCCAGCAAACCAAGCGCCGGCACGAGGCGGGUAUCCUACUCUGUGGUUCAAAGUCAUGGCUGUUGCGGUUGUCGUUGCAGUUGUGGGGCAUCUAGCUGACCGUGUUUUCUGUCGCCGAUUGUGA